GACCGGGCAAGGACCCACCGAUCUCAUUCACCACGUGAAAUCCUGCGAGAUUACAUUUUUUUGUCCUACCACAUACUCCACAUACUGCGCCCUCCCUCUCCAGGGGUCUUUGGGAGGGCUGAUCUUACAGAUCACCAUGGACACCAGUGCCUGACAGCCCCGCGGGACCAACGGGUUCCAUGGACACUGACUGCGGCUCCGCCUCCCUCUGAUGUCACCCAAUGAGACCAGAAAUGUGUGUUCAGUACCUUCUGGGCAAAGCCUUCCCACAAAACCAGUGUUAACCAUGCAUCACUGGAGCUCCUGCAUGUCUGCAUGUUCCACUACAAAUGUGCCCCGCCACCUUCUCCCUUCUCUCUCGGACUUCUCAGUCUCUGUUCAGACCUUGUAUGUAGCGUCUAGUAUGGAAAGGAGACAACAAUGGCUAACCCGACUGAAGAGUGAAUUCGGCAACAGCCCCCUGGUCUCCAACGUGGCUUUCGGCUUUAUCCUGAUGGGCUUGGAGAAGCUCGUGGAGCUGGAGUUCGAAUGUCCCUGCGAUCCCAAGUGGAACGGCUUGUUCUCCUCCGCCUUCUUCGUCAUCCCCGCCGUCAUGGCCUUCAUGCUGAUGCUGAUCAUCCAGGAUUGCAGGUACGACCUGGGCGGCUGCCCCAAGACGGUGUCCGUCUCCAGCCUGGUGCCCCCGAUCGUCUGGCUGAUCUUGCUCUUCCUGGACGGACAGUAUUUGGCAUGCGCGCUGACGGACUGGAGCGGCAGGUUUGUGAUUGUUGACAAGGCGGCACCUCAGAAGUGGUGUGAGCCGCCCCAGGAUGACGGCACUCUGCAGGACCUGAUGCUUCACUCUCAGGAACUAUUUGUGGAGUCUCAGGUUAUUGGCAUUGCUUUGCUCAUCUUCAUCUGCGUGGGACUCAUCGUGUAUGUGAUCAGAGAGAGCUGCCAGCAGGAAGAGGAAAUGCAGGAAGUGAACAACACUUACGAGAUAACCCUGCUUUGAGAAGCUACAGAGAGAGGGAAUGAUGUUGCCUCUCCGAAUGCCAGGAGACUACUGGACUCAUUGUGGAGGUUGGUCUGGUGAUACCUCACACAAAACCCCAGAGCCCAGGGUCCAGUCCUACCCUGAAACGUCUUACUCUACACGUGUCAUUCAUUUCUGCACGUCUGUCACAUCGAACAUUUACACACCGUAUUUUACUGGGUAAUAUGAUGACACCAAUGGACAAGGUUUAGAGACAGAACACAUGGAGUUUACACAAGGUUUACAUCCUUUCUGUGUCUCUGGUGAGCACACAGUUAUAGGAUGAGAUGCCUUUACACUGGGUUACACUUUAAAACGUGUCAAUAUUCUUUUUUUCUUUCGCAUUAUUUUAUAUGUUCUCUGUCAGUGUCCAAAUGUUUGUUUCAUUUUAAAAUGUGUUAAUAGACAGGUUUGUGUGGAAGGUAUAUCAAUAAAAGAAUAACAAAGUUGUUUGGAUAUCUAUACCUUAGCCAUCAUACGUACUGAGCUAAAAGGUAAAAUAGGAAGGAACGUCCAAACAUCCUAACUACCAAUUGAAUGUAUUCCAGGAAGUGAUGUCUGGCCAUGUUCCUCUUUGCACUAAACAACAGAUGGAGUCAGACACUGUCAGCCCUGGCGGACCUGAGUGCCAGCAAGGGCAGAACAAAAUAUCAACUGCACUGGCAAUGGACGGUGUGCAUUUGUCAGCGGCUUAUGUAGUGCUUGUCAAAGUGUUGCAUGCAGGUUAUUGAUGUGUUAUUGUGUUAUGAAAUCUUUAAAGGGGCAAUCUGAGAUUCAAAAACAUUUAAGUUUUGGUAAACAGCAAUUAAAAUUGCGUUGAUGUUUCAAUUUCACAUUUGCCCCCCUUAAGUUAAAUAGCUUAAUUAAAAAAAAAAUCAACAUCCCACAAGAGGUGUGUUCAACCUGAUUUAACUGACAGCUCAUUUACACCAGUAAUCCCUGUGCAGCUGGGCAUUAGCCACUUAAACAUGUCUCUUAAGGCUGUCCUACUACCUCACCUGCUCCAGAACUGGUCUCAGGCGUCAAAGAUCUUCCAUUCUCUGUCAUUCUGAUGUCUCAUCAUCCUGAGCUAUGAGGGUUCUCACAGAACAUUUGUCCAGUUUAAGGCCCCGUGAUUCAGCAAACCGUGAAAAUGUAACUAUGUUUAUUAUCUACAAGGUUUUUAAACAAGGUUGGGGCCAGUUAGUGUCAUUUUGGAAAAUAAACUGUACUUCCUAUCUAAUGAGGGUAGGUUUAAAUUUUUAACCAAUUUAAAUUUACUUGAAGUAAAUUGGUACAACUCCUCUAGUCCACUACAACUCCACUACAUUCCCGAAAAAGCUGAGAUGAAAAAAUGAAUUCUCAGAUUACCAAUAACACUUAAGCUGUUAAUGCUUAUCACAAUUACUGUAUAACAUCAGAUUAAAUAAAUGUGUUUUAAAUUUGAAGCAGCCAUGUCAGUUGAAAUUAUGCUUAACGCAGAUGACAACAUUCAAUAUACUGCACACUGCCAGAAUGUUUGCAAAAGGAGUAAUCAACACCAAGCUAAAACUAAAAGGUCAUGAUUAGCUGUCACGUCACUGUAGAGUGACUAUGUGGCAUUAAGAAUUAACAACCACAAAAAAUGAGUUUUAUUUUAAAUGAAUUUUAUUUAACAUGAUUUGUAUUGAUCAUAAUUUACUGACUGAUCAAUUAGAAAAUAAAACAUCUCAAACACA